GAAUAACAAAUUGACAAUAACAUGUGGAGUUAGGAAGAAACAACGGCUUUGCAAACCUGAACCCUUAAACCCCAAAACCCCAUUCCAACUCUGCAAGAGGUCAAUGGUCGAAUCUCCACAAUGAAAGCAUUGAGAACCCUAAGAAGGACUCUCUAUUCUCCCACACCCGUUUUCCGCGCCUUUUUCUCGGCCCAGGCCCAGGCCCAGGCCCAGGCCCACGAGGAUCCCACCACCUCCGCCGCGGACUCCGACGCCGUCUUCGACAGCUCCCGCUACGCCCUCCACCAUGACACCAAGCCCACGCCCGAGCCCGGGCCCACGUGGGACGAGAAGUACCGGGCCCGCGCGGACCGAGUGGUGUUCGGGGAAGACGGCCCCAAGGGGAAGCUGCGGCUGAAGGAGGAGGAGGACGAGAGGCGGAGGAGGGCCCUCGCGAAGGCCCUGCUGGAGGCCGCCGUGGACGACGGCGAUGACGAGGAGGCAGAAGGGAAAGGCGCGGCGGUGGUCAACGAGGAAGACCAGAAAUCCUUGGCCGUUGGAAUCAUCGGUGCCCCCAAUGCCGGCAAGUCUGCCCUCACUAAUUAUAUGGUUGGGACAAAGGUGGCAGCGGUUUCACGGAAGACAAAUACUACAACUCAUGAAGUUGUGGGAGUGUUGACAAAAGGAGACACCCAAAUUGUGAGUGACUUGUGCUUAUAUCAUUUGAGCCAAAAUAUGGACAUAUUUUGAU